UAAGUUUUUUUUUUUUAAAAAAAAAAUAAAAAUAAAAUUUCUAACUUCUGAGUUAGCCCUAGCCCACUUCGCCAGUUCGCCUCUUCCUCAGUUCCUCUUCGCUUCAUCUUCCUCUUCGCAUAAUCGCAUCUUCCUCAGUUCCUCUUCGCUUCAUCUUCCUCUUCGCUGGGUUGCUGAAUAGCACUUGCUGUGAUUCUUUUGGAUAUGGGGAUAGAGAGAGAGCAGAGUAGCACAUCCGAAGCCGAAAGAGAGGAAAAAAGAAUUGUGAUGCUGGCAUGGAGCGAUGAACGCUUGCCUUCGGAAAGACUACAAGGUGGUACUCAAUUAUAUCACACUCGUGCAGAAUUUCACUCGGUGGAUCUGAAGCACAAUAUAUUAACUCGUUCUUGCUUUCCUUCAAUUAUCAUGGCUAAGUUCUUUUCAUCUGCCAUGGUGUCAUCUUUGAAUAAAUUUAUCUACUUAGUGGGAGUGGGAGGAGCGCGAUUAUCUGUCGUCCAAUCAUCUAAUGAGUCUUCCUCUUCCAACCACACAUUCUACUCCGGCGGUUCAUGUCUUGACAUGUCUGAUGAGGCUCCAGUGUGGUGUCCAGCUCCUGUCUUCUUUGAGGAUAACACUUCUCCCAACUAUGUUAGCUUUCUUGGCAAUAUUUACAACUUUGGAUCUGUUUGCCUUGCGCCCCAGGUUCUUGAAUGUGGUGCCCUUGGCCACUGUAAGUCAAUUCGCUCUCUCCCUAUCCCUCAAAGCCUUGCUGGUUGUAGUGUGUCUGUUCCUGUACUUCCCGACCCUUCCAACAAACGCAUUCUUAUGCGCCUCUAUGGUGGUCCCCUUUCGUCGCCUUCCCUCUAUGCUUUCACUCCCGAUCCUUGUGCUGAUGCUAUUGGGACAUGGGAAUGUCUCACCUCUGAUUUCCAUCUUUGGGCUCAUGCUGCUGCUGUUGUUAAUGGGGUCAUAUAUUUUCACUGCCAUAAAGUUCCAUCUCUUCUUUGUGCUUUUCAUAUAACCAAGAAAAUAUGGUUGAAAGUCUGGUGGGAUUCGUGCUUUAAGGACAAUGUUAAUAUGAAUGCCGAAACUUUUAAUUUCGAUGCAAUGCUUCAUUUGGGCCACAAUAUUUUGUGCUUUGCUGGUUGGACACCAAUAUAUUCCCGGACUGCUGUUUUUACCAUCGAAGUCAUAUUUUACAAGUUCCAAGUGUUGGUCACCGGUGAAACUGUAACCGUCAAGGUCUGUGACUCCUACUCAUAUGAACUUCCGGGAAGUACCAAUGUGUUUCAUUUCCUCCCCAUUUAGCAGGUACUCUUCUCCAUCUAACCAUCUCUUAUUCUUGCUAUUAUUCUGUUACUUACUAUCAAGGUAUUUUACUGCCUCUUUUAAUGUGGAUUCGAUUUAUAAUGCUAAAUUUGUUCAUCAACUUAGUUGUAAGAGGCAUUGUUGGAUAAAUUUUCAUUCCCAAAAAUUUGGUUGUUUGGUAAAAAUUUUUUUUACA